GGGGAAGUGGAAGUCAUCCAGAGACUCUAAACUACUCUUCACAGGUCUCUUCACUUUAAACAGCAGUGAGUUACAUCAACAUCUGUACGGGAUCCUGACUGAACACCAGACUGUUUAUAUGUGAUGGAACACCUCAACGCCACCCGUCUCCCCGGCAACCAAUCAGACUUCAGCAGCAUCUUCACCCAGCAGGUGCUCCCGCCGCUCUACUUGGUGAUCUGCGUGGUCGGGGCGUCCCUGAAUGGCGUGGCCGCCUGGAUCUUCUUCAGGGUGCCCAGUGACUCGGGCCUGGUGGUCUACCUGAAGAACAUGGUGGUGGCCGACCUCCUCAUGCUGACCACCUUCCCCUUCAGGCUGGCGGCUCAGCUGGGUCUGGGCGGCUGGCGCCUCCACGUGGUCACCUGCCGCUACACCGCCGUGCUCUUCUACUCGUCCAUGUACGUGGGGAUCCUCUUCAUGGGGCUCAUCAGCCUCGAGCGCUACGUUAAGAUCGUCAGACACACCUCCUCCUCCUCCUCCUCCUCAUCCUCCUGCAGGUCCCGGUUGGGCGGCGUGUCCUCGCUGCAUGUCCUGCAGAGCGUCGGCUUCGCCCGGGUGCUGGCGCUCCUCACCUGGAGCUUCCUCCUCGUCUGCGUCCUGCCCAACGUGGUGCUGACCAGCCGGCCGGCCGACGAGGAGAGCUCGCGGCACUGCAUGCAGCUGAAGACGCCGCUGGGCAUGCAGUGGCACCGGGUGUCCACGCUCCUCAGCGUCGGCCUGUUCUGGGUGACCCUGCUGGUCCUCGCCUACUGCUACGCCUCCAUCGCCUGCCGCGUCUACCAGUCCUACCGCCGCGUGCGCCGCGACAACAGCGACGUCUGCCGGAAGUCGAACCGCAGCAUCUUCAGCAUCCUGGCGGUGUUCUUCGUCUGCUUCGUGCCGUACCACGUCUGCCGCGUGCCGUACACUCUGAGCCAGAUGCCGGAGUCGGGCUUCAGCCCGGACGCCCGCUUCCUGUUGUUCCAGCUGAAGGAGGGGACGCUCUUCCUGUCGGCGCUCAACGUCUGCCUCGACCCCAUCAUCUACUUCCUGAUGUGCCGAACCUUCAGAGAGUCGCUGCUGAGGAAACUGUCGAGAAGAGACCGGAGGAGGUCGCUGACCACCGGCCAGAGUCUGAGCCACAUUUAGGAGGAGAGGGGACAAGGAGAGGAGACAAGUAGACAAGGAGAGGAGACAAGGAGAGGACAGAGGAGACAAGAGAGGAGACGAGGAGAGGACAGAGGAGACAAGAGAGGAGAGACAGGAGGAGGUCGCUGACCACCGGCCAGAGUCUGAGCCACAUUUAAGAGGAGAGCAGACAAGGAGAGGAGACAAGGAGAGGAGACAAGGAGAGGGGACAAGAGAGGAGAAGAGGAGAGGACAGAGGAGACAAGAGAGGAGAGACAGGAGGAGGUCGCUGACCACCGGCCAGAGUCUGAGCCACAUUUAGGAGGAGAGGGGACAAGGAGAGGAGACAAGAGAGGGGACAGGGAGAAGAGACGGGGAGAGGAGAGGAGACAAGAGAGGAGAGACAGGAGGAGGUCGCUGACCGGCCAGAGUCUGAGCCACAUUUAGGAGGAGAGGGGACAAGGAGCGGAGAGGAGGAGGGGAGAUAAGGAGAGGAGACAAGAGAGGAGACAAUAGAGUCACUGCUGAGGAAACUGUCGGGAAGGAGAAGGCACAAAUAGAGGAGACAAGAGAGGAAAGUAGACAAGAGAGGAGACAAGGAGAGGAAACAAGGAGAGGACAAAAGGAUAGGAGAAAAGGGGAGGAGGCAAGAGAGGACACAGGGAGAAGAGACAAGAGAAGAGAAAAGGAGAGGAGACAAAAAGAGAGAGGAGAAGAGAUAAGGAAAGGAGACAAUGACAGGAUACAGGGAGAGGAGACAAAGAGAAGAGACAAGAGAAGAGACAAGUAGAGGGGACAAGGAGAGGAGACAAGUAGAUGAGACAAGUAGACAACACAGGGAGAAGAGACAAGGAGAGGAGGCAAGAGAGGAGAGGAGAUAAGGAAAGACACAAGGAGAGGACAGAGAGAGGAGAAAAAGAGAGGAAACAAGAGAGGAGUUGAGAUAAGGACAGGACACAGGGAGAGGAGACAAGGAGAGAAGAAAAGAGGGUACAAGGAGAGGAGACGAGGAGAGGAGACGAGGAGAGGAAUCAAGGAUAGAGAUGUGAUCCUGUGUAAAUGCAGACUUGUAUAAUUGUAUAUAAAUAUCAGUAUAUAUAUAUUAAAGUAUAGAUAUUAAAUAAUGAUUGACA